GGUGAAGAUCGUCCAGUCGUCAGUCGGUGGUCAACCGUCUUGAAAUAAAGACGUCGCUGUUAUCACACACACACACAUAAAUAAAUCCACACAUAUAAACACACUCCCACACAUAAAUUCACACAUGACUCGGUCAGUUCUCACAGGCCGAAAAUUACGCGAGUUUGAAAUCUAAUCAAAAGAAAAAUUAAAAAACCGCGAAAUUUUGAAAUUUGAAAUUUCGGUAUGAAUAUUCUCACGGGGCUAAUGACCCAGAGAUUGCAUUCGAUAAAUUGUUAAACUGGUAGAUGAGGAAAUAAUUAAUACCCAGUGUUAAAUGUCAGAUCAAUGAACUUACUCCUAUUUAUUUAAGUGGAAUUUUAUGCAACUGUGUUUACUAUUCGAUUGAACUUGAAUACCCUGUAGUUAUUACCCCCACAAAUAAUAAUUAUUAAUAUUAAAAUUAAUAAAAAAAAAAUUCGCCUCUCGUCUGACCUUCGCGAGUGUAAAUCCCGAGUGAAUAAAUUAAAACUAAAGAUCCACCCAUAAAUAAAUAUUGUUCCAUCAAUUUCUCACAGUACUCGGGAUUUAAAUUAUAAUUUAAAAAACGCCGCUAAGUCUUCUAUAAACAAAAGGUAUUUUAUUUAAAAGUGAUAAAACCAGCAUGACGCGAUAUAAAAAUGAUCAACAAAUAUAUUCAAAGCGUGAAUAAAAUUAUCCUAAGUAAACAAAGACGAUAAAGUUAAAUAAAUAUAAUUAUAAUUUAAUAAACAACCUUUAAAUUUAUAUAUUUUUAAAUAUAUAUUAAAAAUAAUAAAAUGGCAUCGAUGUGCGGCAGUAGUAAAAGCCAUCCGGCUUUGACUACUCCGAAUUAUUAUCGUCCUGGUAUUUAUCCUUAUCAGAAUGAUUACUAUCUACCGCCGAGAUCAGCCUGGUCACGUGUGCCACCGCAUCCUUCAAAAACACGGGGUAAUACCAGAUGGAAAGUUGGUAGCGCUGUGCUCAUAGUAGCCGCUUUUUUAGUUAUUAUCGUCGUAGUAGCAAUUGCCGGUCUUGCUUUAUGGAUGGGAGCCAUGAGAUCCGACUCGAAAAAUUCGGCGCUUGUGUUCGCAUGUAGCAUACGAAUAAACAGAGGAGAAAAAUAUAACCCAAUGUUAAAAUUAAAUACGAGCAUGGUAUUCCGCGAGAAGGAACGCAAGUACAAAAACAUAUUUGAUGCUCUGUUCAAAAGAAGUGUCCUUGGACCCUCGUUCAAGCAGACUAUCAUAGACAGAUUCGAGAAUGGAACGCUCAAGGUCUUUUUCAGGUUAUACCUGGACAGAAGAAAGAUUCCCCGUAGCAUAACUAACAUCGAAGACACUGUCCAAGAUAUAAUUGCUCAAGAAACCUACUCAUCUUCAUCACUCUUCAAUGACAUGGAACUAGAUCUUACCAACAUUAUCGUCCGCAGACUAUCGGAUGUUGCUACGAGGACGCAAAAACCCCCAGUGUCCCAGCGUAAUGCGAUGAUCACCAAAAAUGGUCUUCUGCGGCCGAGCAGGAAUAACACGUUGCUGAUAAACACUAAAUCUAAGUCUAAGCCCGCGAAAAUGGAGCCCACUGAGGCUGACAUCGAUUUCAGUAACAUUCCCACCAUUCAGGGGACCUAUCAAGCGACCAAAUUAAAUUUGUCGUCUCCGUCGUCGACUACAUUGACAGUGAAAACUACAAGCACAGAUGCCCCCGCAGUAGAAAUUCCGAAAAUAGAAACUAAAAUCGAGUCGGGAGUUAUAGAAAUUAAGAAAGAUGAUGAAUCAAAAGUAGAAAAGGCUAAAAAUAGUACUUAUAAGGUUGAAAACAGUGAAGGAAUGUUAAGUAGCACGGAAAAAAAUGUUCUAUUGAUGGAAAAUGAGCCGACAAGCUCUACGACUAAGAAACCUUUCAAUAGUUUUCCCGAACCGGAUUUUGAAGAAUCACCCUGGCGGCCAAUUAUUCCUAAUUAUAGUCCAGAACUUAAAUCACGCCCUACUGGAAUAUUAUCAGAAGUGGAAACGAAAGUGGGCAAUGAAAAGACUGAGGAUUCGGCGAUAGAAAUAGACAAAAUAUCACUGACGGAAUCAGCGCCUGUGAUAAAAUUUAAUCUUCCUGCGGUGGCAUUGUCGCCGGUGGAUAUGCAAGACACGGAUUUCCCACACGAUCGGAUUGUGCCGCAGGAAAUUCCGAAUUCCAGACCGAACGGAAAGUUUAAAAACAAAAUUCCAGGAGUUGAACUGGAAAGUAAACCAGAAAUCGAAGUUUCUGGGCAGCUGCCCCCGGAGACGUUCGAUCUGCACUUAGGAGCCUCUGGUCCCCAUCAGAAUUUCCAGCCACUUAGAGGAAUUUCGAAACCUACGAGCGAGAAUCCUUUUGUGCCGAUAGAAACUUCGGAGGAGCCAAUUCUGCUGAAUCCUAUUGAGCUCCCGGUAAAAAUAUCUGGAGUCGGCAUAGCGGAACCUGUCUCGGACUUAGACUUGGAGCUGGACUUGGAAUCCCGGAAUAAGUUUACGGACAUCGCGGCCGUGCCUGAAAUAAUUCCAGAUAAAAUAGAAGACAAAUCUAAGCCUAUUUACACGAGUUACAAAACGCCUAAUUUGAACGGCGAAAGCAAUCCGAGUUUAGUCGAGCACACGGGAACACUGAAACCCUUUAGACACACCAUCCCCGUCGAUAAAAUAAAUUUGGAUCAAGAACAAGUCACCGUAGGCAGUAAUUCAAACGCAGAGAUUAAUCAAACUAACGCUAAGUACGAAGAUUUUGAUGUCACGACGGAAGUAAUUAACUCGCCGGAAUCAACAGAUAAAAUUGACGAUGACAAAGUUAUGACUCUGAGUACAACGGAAAUUGAUUCCGAGUUACUGCACACCAAUUUCGAUAAAGAGAAAAUUAGCGAGCUACAACAAACCACUUUAUCUACAGAUAACGUUUCUCAAAUGAUUGAUGAAGCUCCGGAUGAAACAACUCCAGAGACCCAAACUAAACAGCCAGAAUUGUUUAUUUGGAGCUGGAGCAACGAAACGCGCCCGGAAGUCGAACAGAAAAAAACUUACAAUGACACUUUGAAAGCGAACAUCGUUCGAAAUGAAAAUGCCAACGCGCAUGUCGAAAACGCAAGAAACUCGACGGAAAAUAAUCAAAAGUCUUUUAAAAAUGACGACAGUAAAAAUACUGAACUAUUGGAAAAGUUAUUCAGCACCCACGAUCUCGAAAGCGAUCCAUCGAAUAUCAGGGAAAGUUUUGCUGAUGAUGAAAAUACACAAGGGCCGAUUCAAAGUAUCGUAGAAGUUGUUACUUCGGUUAGCACCAGAGUUUCUACAAAUUUACGCACAAGUAAUGUCGUUCUGAGCUUCGACAUCACUAAUUCUACUUCAAUGCCUAUAAUAAAUGAUAAAGAUGUUAGAGGAGAUGAAAAUAAAAAAAACUCUGAAAGUUCUGGUGGGGAAAAUUCGGAAAACCGUUCGUUCGAUGAUCAAAUAAGUCCUAGUAAUUUGAAAUUUUUUGAUUCAGAGACACUGAAAUCGUUUGAUCGUAAAAUUUCUUCGCAGGAAAAAGAAGCGAUUUUGGAAAAGCUCAAAAAAUUAGCGGAGGUUCGGACCGACUCUGACAGUGGGUUUAAAAUAAAAAAUAGCACUAGGUCGAGUAACGUUCCGGUUGUUAAUGAAAGUAGCGAAAAAAAUUUAGUGAAUGUUGAGGAAUUAAAAAAAUUAGCGGCCGUUGCAACCGGUAACAAAACAAUCGCAACUAAUUUUACUAACGGAGUGACACUCAGUCGUGACGGAGUUGAAAUUCCUACGAAAAUUCUCAACAAAGUUAAUAAUGACGAUUUUCCAAAAGAAGCUGCAGUUGAAACCUGCAAAGGGUUCAAAUGCGCUGAUGGAAAAUGUCUGCCAUCUGCGGGAAGGUGCAACAUGUCGGGGGAGUGUUCGAACUCUGAAGACGAGGCUAAUUGUACGUGUGCUGAUUUUCUGCGCGCCCAAUUGCUUCACCAAAAAAUAUGCGACGGCGUUGCCGAUUGCUGGGAUUAUUCGGACGAGUCGCAGUGCGAUUGGUGCUCGGUCGGCCAAUUUGUUUGCGGCAGUUCUAGAUUCUGCAUCGACCUGAUAAAAGUUUGCGACGGGUUUCGAGACUGCCCGGGAGGUGAAGAUGAGAAAAAAUGCGCGGCUCUGAUCGACGACGAGGAAUUGGUUGACAAUAAGGAAAAUUUCAGAAGAAUUCCCAACUGGGGAAGACAAAAAAUGAAUACUUCAGAUACCGAAGCCAAUUUCGAUGAUCAAGAAGCCGUGGAAACUAUUUUGACAACCACCUUCAGAAUAGACACUCCAAAAAACGAGGCCGUCGACCCAAAAAGUAUUUUUGACGCAAACAAAUUUGAUUUUAACACAGGGAUUAAUUACGACGGCAGACAAACGCGCGUUGGAGAAAACACUAAAGUUUUUGGCCGCGAAAUAGCCGUUAAUACUAAAAAUAUAAUUAAUAAUGAUCAAAAAGUCUUUAACACAAAAGUUAACAUUCCGAUCAACACAAAACCUGAUAUUAAUUACAAGAAUAAUAAUUACGGUUUCAUUAGCAACAAUUUGGUGACGGAAAUAAAUAGUUACAGCGACAGGGGGUAUCUUAGUGUCAGAAAAAAUGGGAAAUGGGGUAAAUUGUGUCUAAAUAACACCGACAGUCUGCUGGUUGACAAAAGAACCAUUUGGACUAUCGAAGACCUCGGGCGGGCCGUUUGUAAAGCCAUCACUUAUCAAGACUACGAAAACGUCGAAAAAGUGAUAGACGACAGGAAAGGACGUAACCAAAUUUACUACAGCCUAUUUUUCAACGAUAAACUGCCGGAUAAAACGAGCCUGACAUUCAAAACAUCCGAUUGUCCGAGCGGGGAAGUUUUGAAGGUAAAAUGCAAGAGUUUGGAGUGCGGGAUAAGGACGCAAACAACUUCGCAGGCUAGAAUCGUCGGAGGGGGUAGUUCUCAAGCAGGAAGUUGGCCUUGGCAAGUCGCGCUCUACAAAGAAGGCGAUUAUCAAUGCGGAGGCGCUUUAAUUAGUGACAAAUGGGUUUUAUCAGCGGCACAUUGUUUUUAUCACGCUCAAAAUGAGUACUGGGUAGCAAGAAUAGGAGCGACCCGUCGCGGAAAUUUUCCUAGUCCCCACGAGCAAAUAUUGACACUCGAUUAUAUUAAUUUGCAUCCAGAGUACAUCGACAGCGGGUUUAUAAAUGACGUCGCACUUUUGCGUCUCGAAAGGCCCGUAAUUUUUAGUGAUUACGUGCGUCCCGUUUGUUUACCAGACAGUGAACCAAAAAGCGGUACCACUUGUACAGUAACCGGAUGGGGACAAUUAUUUGAAAUCGGCCGCAUAUUCCCUGAUACACUUCAGGAGGUCGAGUUACCUCUGAUAUCAACGGAAGAAUGCAGAAGGAAAACAUUAUUCCUGCCGCUGUAUCGAAUAACAUCAGGAAUGCUGUGCGCGGGAUUAAAAGAUGGGGGCAGGGACGCGUGUAUGGGUGACAGUGGUGGUCCACUUGUUUGUCGCGAUAAAACAAAUGAUAAGUACACGUUACACGGUAUUACAUCGAACGGUUACGGAUGUGCGAGACCGGGGCGGCCGGGUGUUUACACAAAAGUCCAUCAUUAUUUGCCGUGGAUCGAGAGGUCAAUGAAACAGAAGGACGCGAGGCCGUUGAUACCCGCAUGCAAAGGACACAGGUGUCCUUUGGGCGAGUGUUUGCCGCGGUCACGUGUCUGCAAUGGAUUCCUCGAGUGCUCAGACGGGAGCGACGAGCGCGACUGCCCUUCUAGUUCAUGAUUUAAUUACUCAAGUGCUGAUUGGUUUAUUUUAAAUCAUUUCACUAAAGUCGGUUUUAUUUAUUCCGACGGUAAAUUUAUUGUUGAAUCAAUGCAAAUUGCUCAUGCCACCGCGUGUUAACAUAUCGCGUGCCGAAUGCCAAAAGGGCGAAUAAUUUUUUUUUUUUGUGCCAAUCAUUUGAAAACAUGUUCUAAGCCUAAAAAUGAAAAAAAAAAUUUACAAGGGCGUAUAACUUGAGACAUACGCCCUUUUGGCUUUAGGGAAUUGAAAAUUUAGUGAUCUAAAGCCAAAAAGGCGUAUAAUUUUUUUUGGUAGUAGUCGACUUUUAAUUAUAUUUAAAGUUUAAAAAUAAGAUUGAAUAUUUCAAAUUUAAAAUAUUUUAUUAUUAAACUAGUAAAACUAGAAACAAAUUAAAUUUAAUUUAACAUUUUAUAAAGAUAAUAAUUAAAAUUUUUCAAAAUUAAAAGAGAAGAGAAACAACUUAUAUUUAAUUAUAAUUUUUAAAAAAUUUAUUUGUUUACUUUAUAAUAAGGAAUUUCUAUUCGAAAUUUCGAAAAAUUUUGAUUUUUUUUUAUACGCCCUUUUGGCUUUAGACCGACAAUUUCCUAAAGCCAAAAGGGCGUAAAUCUUAAGAUAUGCCCUUUUGGCGUUAGUACGUCAAAAAUUUUUUUUUUGCAGAUCUUUACGUUUCGAGCGAUUCUAAAAAGAAUGGCAAAAAAAAAUUUUUUUAUACGCCCUUUUGGCAUGGAACCCUAUCUAACUGCUGUAAUACGCCCUUUUGGCAUUUGGCACGCGAUAUUGAAUGUAUAAAUGUCGAGAUGUUUUAUUGAUUGUUUAAAUGACUAAUUGACGUGAUAAGUCUCGCUCAAUUGUGCAAUAAAUUUAUAAUUUAUAUUUUGUAUAAGACUGGUUUUAUAAUAAUAAUAAUAAUAAUAAUUAAUAAUUAAUACUGAAGGUAUACGUGUUCAAUUGAUCGUCAUUGUGUAAUUAACAACGAUGAUUGCAGUAUAGAAAUUGUAAUUGUUUUAUUUUCAAUUAAUUAUUUUUCUGAGGGCCAGUGGCGGGAAAAAAAAUUGAAUUGUUUUGUUUUAAAAUAUGAAAAUUAAAUUUAAUGAAUUAAGUGAGCAAUUAAAUGCCGAAAGAAAAAAAUUUUGACUUUUGUCGGCUGUAAAUAAAAAAUCGAUUUUAAUUUCACUAGUUCUUGGAAAUUAAAAUUAUUUAUUUAAUUUAUAAUUAUGGUAAUUAAUAAAAUUAUUCAAUUUUUUGCCGCCAAAAAAAAGUCGCCCUUUAUAUAUAAAAGAAUGUGUCUAACUGUAUUAAUAUUAACGCGUGUAAUGUAAAUGUAUGUGAUACUUUAAAUAUAUAAAAUUAAAAAAAAAAUUUUAUAAGCAGGAAAAAAUGAUAAUAUUUUAAAAAUUAAAAUAUAUUU